CACAAAUCAUAUCACAUGUACAACCCGGAGACGCACACGCACUCCAUGACUUCAUCUCCUCGCUUUCAGAUCUCUCUCUGUUCCGGUCAACCCCUCGCGCGCACCGCGAACCUGCCGCGCACGCUCCUCGCCCGCUUUUUGCCUCCAGCAGCGCGCCCCGUCCCUUGCCCUCUCGCGCACACCAACGGACCAGCUCCAACAUCACUCCUAUAUAUUCGCCUCCUCCCUGUCUUCCUCCGCUCAACCGCCCACCAACUGUUCGAUCUAUUUCCCAAGCGACAGACAUUAAUGGACACCGGGAGAGACGCCGAGGCCGAGCUCAACCUCCCGCCCGGCUUCCGCUUCCACCCCACCGAUGAGGAGCUCGUCGUCGACUACCUCGUCCGCAAGGCCACCGGCCAGCGUCUCCAGGUUCCCAUCAUCGCCGAGAUCGACCUCUACAAGUUCGACCCCUGGGACCUUCCAGAGAUGGCGUUGUUCGGAACCAAAGAAUGGUACUUCUUCACUCCACGAGACCGAAAAUACCAGAACGGAUCGAGGCCGAACAGGGCCGCCGGACGAGGGUACUGGAAGGCCACCGGCGCCGACAAGACAGUAACCCCGCUGGGAAGCCGUCGGCCCCUGGGGAUAAAGAAGGCUCUAGUGUUCUACCACGGCAAGGCGCCCAGAGGCGUCAAGACAGACUGGAUCAUGCAUGAGUACCGCCUCGCCGAUGUCGAUCGAUCCGCCAAUAACAAGAACGGCGACCUGAGAUUGGAUGAUUGCGUCUUGUGCCGCUUGUACAACAAAAAGAACAACUGGGAGAAGAAGAAGAUGAAGCAGAAACAGAUGCCGACGUUUCUGAGGACCGCCGAUUCCUUCGACACGAACGACGAUGCGAGGUCAUGGGGUACUAAAGACUCCGAUGCCGACGCCGGCGGCUUCCAGGUGGCGGAUGCAGUGAAAGAAGAGGAUGAUUGGUUUAUGGACCUGAAUCUGGAUGACUUCCAGAGCACAAUGGAGGCGAUUGGAUUUGGACCUGCCUCAGUCGUCAGCAUCUCGAACCAGGAUUACUUCAACCAGAACCAAUCAAACACGCAGCCAUUCUGGAAUUAGAUUUAGAGGUGACCAGGGGAGAUGCAUUCCUCUGUAUAUAGUAGCAGGAAGAGGAAGAAUGGGAAUUGUGAGAUCCUCUGCUCUUAACAUGACGAGAAGGAAGAAUAGGAUUCUUUAAAUUUGUGUGUUUAUUCUUCACAUUUCGAAACAUAGAUGGAAUCUAAACUUUAUCAAUAAUUUUCUUUUCUGUAUUA